CAAGCCACAGCCAGAUAACCCACCGGGGAUUGUGACGCUCUCUCCAGAACCCCUUUUUGCCAUCCUCUGUCCUAAAUCUGUUCUUUCUCGCUAAUGGCAUUCCUCGUACAUCUUAAUCAGCUUUACUCUCCAAAGUCGACCCCUUCCAGCUUCCCACCCCUGAGACCCUUCUCCAUGGAGGCAGCCUGCGGCCUCCCCAGCCACAAGGACAAGGUCGUCUUCGUCCUGGGUGCCACCGGCUCCGGAAAAUCCAAGCUGGCCAUCGCCCUCGCCACCCAAUUCGACGGCGAAGUCAUCAACUCCGACAAGAUGCAACUGUACUUCGGCCUCGACGUUAUCACCAACAAGGUGACCAAGGAGGAGACCGCCGGCAUCCCCCACCACUUGCUAGGAGUCGUCCACCCGGACGCCGACUUCACCGCAUCGGACUUCGCCCGCGAGGCCAUGCAUGUCAUCGCCUCCAUCCUCCGGCGUGGUCGCCUCCCCAUCGUCGCCGGCGGCUCCAACUCGUACGUAGAGGCAUUGGUCGACGGCGAGGGUGGCGAGUUCCGGUCCCAGUACGAGUGCUGCUUCCUAUGGUUGGACGUGGAGCUGCCGCUCCUCCACUCCUUCGUCUCGGCGCGGAUGGACAAGAUGGUGGCGCAGGGUCUGGUGGAGGAGGCCCGGAGCUUGUUCCACGCCGACGCAGACUACUCCCGGGGUAUCCGGAGGGCGAUCGGGGUGCCGGAAAUGGACCAUUACUUCCGGAUGGAGGCAUCGGCCGAUGAGGAGACCCGGGCGAGGAUGUUGGAGGGGGCGCUGGACGAGAUCAAGGCCAAUACGUGCAAGCUGACCUGCAUUCAGCUGCAGAAGAUCCUGCGCUUCUGCACGCUCCCUGGUUGGGACCUGCACCGCGUCGACGCCACCGAGUUCUUUCUGAGGCGAGGCCAGGACGGGGAGGCCGAGGAGUGGGAGAAGGUGGUGGGGAGUCCCUGCAAGGAGAUUGUACAGAAGUUUUUGACGGGUUAAGUAUAUGGCUGGUGAGGAGAGUGAAGCUGGUGACAAUGGAGAAGUGCCAGAGAACUUGGUUAAGGAUGUGAAGGGUGAGACAGGUUAUGUUAAUGGAAUAGAAGCCAUUAAACUACCAUGGACAAAGCUUCUGCAUAAAUCAAAAUAUAUUUUAUGAAAAACAUAAAUAAUAAUAAUAAUAAUCAUAAUGAUAAUGGUAGUGUGUGUGGAUUUUUCUUUUGCAGCUGGAGUUACUAGAUCUAUAAUGAAAUUUUGAAGAGUUAGAUUGGGAGAAAGAAGAGAAGUACAACUUUUCAGAAGGGAAGUGACUUUAUCAAAUUCAGUACAUGGACAGUUAAUAAUAAUAAUAAUAAUAAUUGCAUCGACGAGAAAAUAAUCGGCACCAAUAUGGUCUCUUGCAUGGAUAUCAUGUAUCGGGACUUGGAACAGAUAGGCUGGGCAUUGUAAAAGAUGUUUGACUUCGUGCACCGGUUGGGAUACAUGCAUGGCGUUCUGAUCUUGCUAACUUUUUGAAAUGAUCAGUCCGUCCAUUUGGAGGGUUCCUUUUUCUUUGCUUUUGUUGUGUUAAUGGGAAUCCUAAUUAUUUACUUCCCUUGAUGAGGAUAAUAUUCGGACAUUCCUAAGGUUGUGAAUACCCCAAUGUUCAUGGAGUUAUAUUAGUAAAAGAUAAAU